GCAAAUAGCACUCAUACUAGACUUUUGUCCUCAAGAUAAAAUAUGACUGAUCAAGAAGUUGUUUCAAAUGACUAUUGUUCUCUGUGAUGGAACAUUCAGAGAAUGUCAGGUUCUGUUUGGUGAGAGACUCACCUGUGAAACAUUGGGUUAAAUAUUCUGCUAUAACACUUCAAAUGGGGCCAGUUCUGUUUAUACUGACACCUAUAUAUUAUAAAGCCUAAUUUUCUUCACCACUAGGUAUGCUACUGUGUUUCAUAAGAGUUGCUAGUUUCUAUCUUUGAUUUACAAAAUGGAUUAUGUACCUGCAUGAAGAUUCUCAAUAGCAACUACUGCCAGAGCUUCUUAAGUCCCUUAAUUCGGGGUAAAGACUGGAUGGAGCUGAGUGUUUACUGGGUGAUUCAUGGCAGGGGACGUGGAAGGGUUUAGUUCCUCCAUCCAUGACACCAGCAUCUCAGCAGGGUUCAGAACACUGUAUGAGGAGGGAUUACUGCUUGAUGUCACUCUUGUCAUUGAGGAUCACCAAUUUCAAGCUCAUAAAGCACUUCUUGCUACUCAAAGUGAUUACUUCAGGAUUAUGUUUACUGCUGAUAUGAGGGAACGAGAUCAGGACAAAAUCCACUUAAAAGGACUGACAGCAACAGGCUUCAGCCACGUUCUCCAAUUCAUGUACUAUGGAACUAUUGAACUGAGCAUGAGCACUGUUCAUGAGAUCCUGCAGGCUGCCAUGUAUGUUCAACUUAUUGAAGUAGUGAAGUUCUGCUGCUCCUUUCUUUUAGCAAAAAUAUGUUUGGAAAACUGUGCAGAAAUUAUGAGACUUUUAGAUGACUUUGGUGUAAACAUUGAAGGAGUAAGAGAAAAACUGGAUUCCUUUUUAUUAGAAAAUUUUGUGCCUCUCAUGGCCAGACCUGAUUUUUUGUCCUGUCUCAGUUUUGAAAAGCUUAUGACUUAUUUGGAUAAUGAUCAUCUGAGCAGAUUCCCAGAGAUAGAACUCUAUGAGGCUGUUCAGACUUGGCUGCGGCAUGAUAGAAGACGCUGGAGACAUACUGACACCAUCAUUCAGAAUAUCAGGUUUUGUUUGAUGACACCAUCCAGUGUUUUUGAAAAGGUGAAAACUUCAGAAUUUUAUCGUUAUUCCAGACAAUUGCGGCAUGAAGUGGAACAGGCUAUGAAUUACUUCCAUAGUGUGCAUCAACAGCCUUUGAUGGAAAUUAAAUCAAAUCGCAUUCGUUCUGCCAAACCCCAGACUGCAGUAUUUAGAGGAAUGAUAGGACACAGCAUGGUAAAUAGCAAAAUACUCCUCCUGCACAAGCCAAGGGUCUGGUGGGAGUUAGAAGGCCCACAAGUACCUUUGAGACCAGAUUGCCUUGCUAUUGUUAAUAACUUUGUGUUCUUAUUGGGUGGGGAAGAAUUGGGGCCAGAUGGUGAAUUUCAUGCUUCCUCCAAGGUGUUCCGAUAUGAUCCAAGGCAAAACUCUUGGUUGCGAAUGGCAGAUAUGUCUGUGCCACGGUCAGAAUUUGCUGUUGGUGUUAUUGGAAGAUACAUCUAUGCAGUAGCUGGAAGAACAAGAGAUGAAACAUUUUAUUCAACUGAACGAUAUGAUAUUACAGAAGAUAAGUGGGAAUUUGUAGAUCCUUAUCCAGUCAAUAAAUAUGGACAUGAAGGAACUGUUCUUGGCAGCAAAUUGUACAUCACUGGUGGAAUAACAUCGUCUUCUACGUCCAAGCAGGGUGGCUGGCAGCGGAAGGAUCCUGUAUCCCUUGAAAUUUUGUUGAACCCAACCUCAGUCAGCAAGGCCAGUUGGCAAAAUUUGGAGUUCCCACCUCUGGACAAUAAGAUGUUGUUAAAAGCACUCUCUAAAUAUGUGGACACAUGUCUGAAAAUGAGUGAUAUCCCUCAAUCUGAAUAGAACUUUGAAUUGACAUUGAACUUUCAUUAUCUCUUUAAAGUAAUUUGGAAAUGUGAAAAAUAAUAGCUGACAAUUUGAAACUUGUUGACUCUAGGCAGACUGCUGAAAUGGUUUCAUGAGAUUCAAUGCCCAUGUAAAACAUAAAGAUAUAAGCUGCACAAUUUUAUUUUAGCAUUUUGGGAACCUCUAUAUAACAACAUGCUAUAUUCUUGGAAUUUAUGCAUGUGAUAAGUUUCCAAUUUUUGUUGUUAAACAGCAACAUACUUGACUGAAGCAAAUAUAUAAUUGUUCUUUCCAAGCUUUUCUCUCUGAAAGCUAAAUUAAUGGGGCAAUAUUACUUUGUGAUUAUCUCAAAGAUCAAAAGUAUAAAUUACCACUGUAAUAAUAUGCUAUGUUUACUGAGAUGUUAUUAAAAAUGGUAGGCCAAAUUUUCUCAUUAGUUACUUGCACACAGACAAAUUUGAAUGUUCAUAAAUUGCAUAUGUUUCUGAAAAAAGCAUCAUACUACACAAAAUCAAAUGCAUGUUAAAUCAAAAGUGAUCCUCUUGUUUGUGUAACUUAUGUUUACUACUUUUAAUGUACACAUUGGACAGUUAUUAACCUUAUUAAGAUGCAACCAAAGCUUAAUUCUGUAACUGACAACAUAAUAAGAUAAGAGAAUGUAUUUGCUAGGGAAAAUAUAGCAGAAAAAAUUAUUUUGUUCUGUUUUAAGACAAACUACCCUGCUGGGAUUCAGUUUUGAAGGCAUAUCAGUUGGUAUAUACUGGCAGUAGUUCCUGAAUGAAUAAAAGAAUUCUGAUCUUUUAUUCAUAAAAUAAAAGCAGCAUACUAAUGUUUAUAUAUACACAUUCAUCCAUUAUUUCUCCUAUUUUCCUAUAGACCUAUCCAUUUUUAUAUUAGUAUAUAAAAUAUAAUAUAUAAACAGGAAAUUGUAAAUGAGCUUAAUUCACAGCAUGUUUCAAAAUGUGACUUAUAACUUCUCACAUCCCAUUUUAAGAACUUGUGUUGCCACAGGAACAUAAUCUCUCAAAAUAAGUAUAGAGUUUUUCAGUAACUUGAAUUUUUGCUCACCAUAAAAUUUACUUCUAUUUAGCCUAUUCAUUAGACUAAAAUUAACUAAUUCUAAAAGUGUUUGUGAUAGGAUAAGGUCAGAUAAAAAUGGAAGUGAAUUUUUUCCAAGUACGUUAAAGAGCCAUUUUUGUAUAAUGUUAAUUAUUAAACACUUAGUAUUGCUGCUUCACUAUGGUUGUUAUGAGAUCAAAAACUUCUGGCUAUAGAGAAUGAGAGUUUUUGUUUACAUCUAACUUGGGGGAAAUCAUUAGCUUAGGUUUAAGCAAUGGUUUACCUGCCUGGCUUUCAAGUAAUAUUUGAAUAUUGAUAGCUUUAAUCUCUUGUAAAGUUAAUUUGAUAGUCCCGUUUAUAGAGAUUCCCAGUCAUUCAGGUCAUGGUUGUCUCAAAGGUGCUUUUUUCAAUACUUGUCCAAUUGGGGGGAAAAAAACUCUUGGGAAAAAAAAACACCUUUGGGAGAAUUGGACAGUCCCCUUGCAAUUGUAUCUCAAAGGGCUUUUAAGGCCAAGGUCUUCACUACUAAUAUAGAAAAUGUUUUUUUUUUAAUAAAAUGUAUCAAUAUGUGUCUAUCCAUGCAGACAGACACAUAUUGAUAAAUGUUGAUAAAUUAAAGGCAAUUUUACUCUAGGAGUGCUUUUAAAACAGAAUCCUCCACAGCCAAGUUUAUAUGCUAUGUAGUCUGAUCAAUACCUAAAUCAUCCUGGGUAUCAUAUAGAAGAGUUUUAAAAAAUAAUUUACCACUGAGACAAUAGUAAAAUUAUGAAAUAUAUUAAUAGAUAUAGCAA